ACUCGACAUUAACACCUCGUUGCCAAAAUGAACCCCUUAGUGAUGGUAAUUAUUUCACGUGCUAUUAUCACAAGUAUAACAAAAUUUUACUGUAUCAGUAUAAACGUGUUCCAUCUCGGAGAUCAUCUAAGUGUUAGCGUACCGAACAAUUUAACACACGUAACAUUUUGAACGUGAUAUAGACAUAUUAAGAAUUUAGAAGAAACGAGCAAAAUCCAGACUUUUCAAAUACUUUUGUAGUCUGUAUGGCUGACACUAAAGAUUUCACGAAAUAAAACAAAAAUUUGCAAAUUUUAUUCAUGAAAACAUGGAUCAAUCUAAUCAUUGUUUUUCUCCUUGAAUUUCGAAUAAUUAACGCGAACAAAAACACGAUAAAGCAGUAAAUAGUUAGACACGAAUUAUUAUCCAUUAUGAGUACGGGAUUUUACUAAUUUUGUUUCGAAAAGUUAAAUUAGUUAUCGACACAAUUUUUGAUUAAUUGCCGACAAGAAUGUAGGAAGCUCUUUUAUGGGUGACAAUAAUAGAAUCUGGCACAUUUCAGAUGACAUGCCUGCUGGGUUCAGCAGUGGGCGUGGCUGUACAUGACAACACACGCGUGCCUGUGGCAGUCUCUGUGAUUGCUGAUACAAUCGAUCAUCCACGCUACGCGUUCAACUACGCCGUAAACGACCCUCAUACCAAAGACAACAAAGCUCAAUGGGAGUUGCGAGACGGGGACGCUGUGAAAGGAUCCUACUCGCUGGUGGAACCUGACGGCAGCCUACGAGUCGUGGACUACGCAGCUGACGACGGCGGCUUUAAUGCUGUAGUCAAAAGACUUGGACUUUACACUCAUCCUUCACCCCUACUCACUAAGACACUAAUUCCCAUAACAGGACAUGUCAACUACGGCUUCGGAGGACCUAUAGUAGCUGCCCCAGCGCCCGUAACAGUUCCCGCAUUGGGAAAAUUUAGUUUGCCUUGGGAUCCUCACACCCGUUCCUUUGGAGGUUGGGUUCCAUUGAAUGCCCCGUUACUACCGCUUCCUGGACCGCACGCGACUAUAAUUAGCACGAAGGUUACAGACGAUAAGGUUAUUAAAUGGAUAACAGGACCCAUACCUCUACACGGGAAGACACUCGUCAUUAAGAAGAUACAUUGAAAUAGUAUUUGGAUAAAAUGAGCUGAAUAGAACGUUUGUUAUAAGACCUAUUAACGUUAUGGUUGAAGUAUUUAGCCUUGAUCUUGGGUAGUAGGUCCUUGAUAAUGUAAAUACUGAAGAGGAAUAGUGAAAUAAAUAAUUUAUUUAUUGUGAUUUUGCGUAUACUUAUCCCCAUACACUUGUUAACAUCUAUUGUCUCAGACUAACCAGUGACGACGUCAAUACAAUACCCACUAUGCAGUGCAAUAUGAGCCAAAGUUCGGUUGGUAGUGUUAUUUUUUAUGGACAGUGUCAUUACCAACAGGUGUGUGGGCUGUUCACCUUGUCAUUAAGUUUAUAAAAU